AAUCUUAGCCCACGACUGCCCAAACAAAUAUUAUUAUUAUGAGUUUUUUACUAUGCGAACAGAGACUCAUUUAAAAUAGGUUUCUUAAUAAUUUAUUGUCUAAUUGAAACAAAUUUUUUUUCUUGGAUUGGUUAUUAUUUUUGAACGCUUUGAAACCCCUUGGGCAUAGGUGGGUUAAAAGUGUUGCUGUUGAAUUUUAAAAUGUUCCAAACAAAUCGGGUCCUUCAAAAAGAGCAGGCACAACUCUUUGCCAUUCAAAAGAAGCUGGAAAAGGUACUGCCCGUGGUCCAGGAGGCCCUAAAUUCCCUCAAGGUGGAGGAACUGCAUCUGAAGUCAAUGGGCAUACAGAAUGCCACCGAAGGCCAGGGCACCCGCAACAAGGAUCCUCUUUCUAUAGAUAUCGCUGAGAGGCCUGAUCCAUCUGUCUCGGAACCCACAUUUGUCAAUAGUCAGGAAAUUAAUCUGGGUGUAGUUGCUAGCAGCCUAAAAACAUUCGACGAGGAAGAGGACUCGGACUGAAUACAACUUUUAUUCCACAUAAUUAUAAUUAAAAUGUACAAUUAAUAGAUUUAGUAAAAAAUAUUCGGAUGCAGAAAAAAACUAAUCUACUAAAGCUACAUAUGUGCUACUGGA